CAUCGAUUAACUUCGUCAUGUACCAUGUAUUUCUAGGCGCUCCUUCAUUGCAAGAGUUGCGUGGAUGCCAAUCUGAAUAUCGGUGGGAACAAAUAGGACCCUCACCCGAGGCAGCAAUAUUGGAUGGCCAUGUACCACCGACAUCUGCAGCACUGGAAGCCGCGACUAAUCGCCGGAUCUCGCGUCUAUAUGAAAACACGAUAUUUCGAGGGGAUGAAGAGGAUGAUAAUGAACAGCUCGACGAUGAAUAUGAAUCAACUAUGAUAACCUGGCCACCGACGAAUCCUGCAGAUAGCGAGGAGAGAUUACAAACUUCGACUACAUCGUUCCUAGAAACAUCUGCGUCACUUCUGGAGACUCAGGAGACGCAAGAAAGUCAUUACUCGGAUACCUCAUCUAUAGCUCGCUUCCCGACGUUUCAUUUCAAUCCCCAUACUCUCGUGACAUUGAACGGCUUGCGUAGUGGGGGUUCUAGGAAAAUGAAUUUUCUUCUCGCUGUGCUUGAGGUCGACGGACCUGAUACUAUUAGGAUAAAAAAGGGACCUGACGCGGGUAAAGAGAUUAGCAUUCUUAAGAUGAUCCUAGGGGACGAUGAAGGAAACAUUUGUAAACUUACUGCGUGGAGAGACGUGGCUGACAUCUGGGGAGGGAUGACUGGCUCUGUAAGGGUGAAGCGCGGUGACAUUGUUUUCUUAGAAAAUGUCACUGCUACUUGCGAGCCUCGAAUCUCGCCUGCACUUUCUGCCUCUCCAUAUCUGAAAUCCAACCUUCAGAUAUGUUAUCGAACUUUGGUGUAUACCCAGGCAGAUGCGAGACUUCGACCGGAUCUGAGGCUUGGAAUCAGCGAUCCUUCCGUCAGGAAAGUGGAAAGUCUCGUUCGAUGGUUUGAGACGAUAGCUGGGUUGAAUCGUCCUGUCAAUAGAUGA